AAUGAACGGAACGGGUCUGUGGUACUAACGAAUAAUGAAACGGUUAGUUUAUCGCUCGUGGUGGACAUAUCGAGCAACACAACCAAAACUUUGAGAGUUUUUCUUAUUUAUGAGACCCCGGAUAAUGAGUCGAUCGAAUUAAAAAGAAAUUCAUACACUUGGAAGGAUGGGGAUGAAGUAAACGGAACUUUAUCUCUUGAAUUUUCGCUGAGUAGUGCAAUAUUUCCAAAUUAUGGUCGAUAUUCCGCAAAGUUAUUGGCAAACAUUUUUAAUUCUUCAUCCUCUGAGGAAAUUUUGUGCAACAUUGUCUACGAAGAACCAUUAUCAAAGAUAACUAUGGACUGUGCCAGAUUCCUGUCCGUUAAUAACGACUCAGUCGAGUUCUUUGCCAGUGUAACUAAUGGUGCAAAUGUAGAUGUGUUAUGGAGUUGGAAUGUAAACUGCCAAGACAGAUCUGUUAUCAGUACCCUGAAUGUAUCGACAAUACGGUGCAGUGUUACCAAUGUCGGUGAAAUGAAUGUUACCAUUACUGCUAGAAAUCCGGUGUCGGAGAGCACGACUUCCUGUUCCGUUACUGCGCUGUAUCCACUGCAGGACUUCCUGAUAACACCCAAGGCACCCUACUUUCAAACAACAGAACCAGCGGUUUUCUUUGUUAACAGUACCUUACCGGAGCAGAAUGCAUUUGGUAAAGUAGCUUUACUGCUGUUUGCAAAUGGCACUCAAAGUUCGGACUUCUUGAUGAAUACGACAUUCAUGGAGCAUGAAUUUCAAAACCAGAUGAUAUUUCAAUAUGCAUUCAAGGUUCAGGGAUAUUACAAAAUAUUUGGGGAACUUAUUUCUCGGAUUAAUACGUUAUAUCUCGAAACAACAGUUGGGAUCUGGGACAAACUUGAUGAAAUAGAAAUGGCUGUAUCCAAAACCAACAUUACUUAUAAAGACCCUAUCACUGUUUCGUGGAUUUCUACUCCACAGUCUCAUUUCAACUUCAUUAUAUGGUAUGGAGACGAUACGAGCGACAACAAAACAACAUCGUCGUAUGAUCAACCAUUUGAAGGAACAGAUUUAACAAAAACAUUCGAAAGAGUGGGCCAAUUCAAAAUUCUUCUUACAGCUUGGAAUGAAGUUUACUCAAAGAACUCUACAAUAAUCGUGAAUGUGGAAAAAACCAUAUCUUCAAUUGAUCUCCUUUGUAAACGAUUUAUAUCCUCGGAUCUGGGGCAUGUGAAUUUCACCGCCAUUGUCGAUCAAGGAGCAGACAUUGGAGUGGAAUGGGACUGGAACGUCAAUGACACCCAUCAAAUUUUAAGAACCUCGAUAAAUUACUCCGUUUUUGAAUAUAACAUCACUACUCCUGGGCAAAUCAAUAUCGCCGUUCUUGCAAGGAACUUUAUAUCCCAAAUAUCAUCGACAUGUAUCGUAACAUUACUUCGUCCAAGAGAAUUUUUCAUACAGCCGUCUAAUUCAUAUUUCCAGACAACUGAACUCGUCACAUUCUCCAUAAAUGCAUCUUCAAACGAGCAUUUCCCAGCAGUGAUUAAUUCUUUAAUACUAUAUUCAAACUACACAGGCCACAUGCUUCUAAAGAACGAAACAAAUAUUAGUGACGCGGAAAUACGUAAUGGAUACCAUUUUGACUAUCUAUUUGAAAUACAAGGAUAUUACAAGAUCUGGGGUAAUCUGACAUCGGAAAUUGACACAAAAUACCUAGAAGUGGAGGUCGGUAUUUGGGAUAAACUGGAUGCACUGAAUUUUUCAACUUCAGCAACACACAUUGACUUACUUGAUGCAAUAAACGUGGUAUUUGUUUCUGCGCCACCUUCUUUCUUUAAUUACAAAAUCUCACUAGGGAACGGGGACUUCUAUCAAAAUACAAGUGAUUCCUUUGUUGAAAAGUACACUGACAUCAAUGUUACACAUCACUACACAGCGACGGGCAUAUACACUGUGACAGUGUAUGCAUGGAAUGACCUGUAUUCUACCAACCUAUCAACAGUAGCGUAUGUUGAGGAGAAGAUCCGAAAUAUGGAGAUUAUAUACCAACGAUUUAUAUCGGUGUAUUCGGGACUUGUGAAUUUAACCGCCUUGGUCGAUGGAGGAGCAGACAUUGGAGUGGAAUGGGAAUGGAACGUCAAUGACACCCAUCAAUCUGUCAGAACCACGGUCAACUACACGGUUUUUGAAUUUAACAUCACAACUUCCGGAGACAUCAAUAUCACCGUCGUUGCAAGGAAUUUCAUAUCCCAAAUAUCAUCAACGUGUAUUAUGACAGUGCUGGUCCCUUUGAACGGAUUUUUCAUACAGCCGUCUAAUUCAUAUUUCCAGACAACCGAACCCGUCACAUUUGCCAUCAAUGUAUCUUCAAACCAGCAUUUCCCAGCAGGUAUCCGUUCUUUAAUACUGUAUUCAAACUAUACAGGUCACACGGUUCUAAAGAACGAAACAAAUCUUAGUGAUGCAGAAAUACGGAAUGGAUACCAUUUUGACUAUCUAUUUGAAAUACAAGGAUAUUACAAGAUCUGGGGUAAUCUGACAUCGGAAAUUGACACAAAAUACCUAGAAGUGGAGGUCGGUAUUUGGGAUAAACUGGAUGCACUGAAUUUUUCAACUUCAGCAACACACAUUGACUUACUUGAUGCAAUGAACGUGGUAUUUGUUUCUGCGCCACCUUCUUUCUUUAAUUACAAAAUCUCACUAGGGAACGGGGACUUCUAUCAAAAUACAAGUGAUUCCUUUGUUGAAAAGUACACUGACAUCAAUGUUACACAUCACUACACAGCGACGGGCAUAUACACUGUGACAGUGUAUGCAUGGAAUGACCUGUAUUCUACCAACCUAUCAACAGUAGCGUAUGUUGAGGAGAAGAUCCGAAAUAUGGAGAUUAUAUACCAACGAUUUAUAUCGGUGUAUUCGGGACUUGUGAAUUUAACCGCCUUGGUCGAUGGAGGAGCAGACAUUGGAGUGGAAUGGGAAUGGAACGUCAAUGACACCCAUCAAUCUGUCAGAACCACGGUCAACUACACGGUUUUUGAAUUUAACAUCACAACUUCCGGAGACAUCAAUAUCACCGUCGUUGCAAGGAAUUUCAUAUCCCAAAUAUCAUCAACGUGUAUUAUGACAGUGCUGGUCCCUUUGAACGGAUUUUUCAUACAGCCGUCUAAUUCAUAUUUCCAGACAACCGAACCCGUCACAUUUGCCGUCAAUGUAUCUUCAAACCAGCAUUUCCCAGCAGGUAUCCGUUCUUUAAUACUGUAUUCAAACUAUACAGGUCACACGGUUCUAAAGAACGAAACAAAUCUUAGUGAUGCAGAAAUACGGAAUGGAUACCAUUUUGACUAUCUAUUUGAAAUACAAGGAUAUUACAAGAUCUGGGGUAAUCUGACAUCGGAAAUUGACACAAAAUACCUAGAAGUGGAGGUCGGUAUUUGGGAUAAACUGGAUGCACUGAAUUUUUCAACUUCAGCAACACACAUUGACUUACUUGAUGCAAUGAACGUGGUAUUUGUUUCUGCGCCACCUUCUUUCUUUAAUUACAAAAUCUCACUAGGGAACGAGGACUUCUAUCAAAAUACAAGUGAUUCCUUUGUUGAAAAGUACACUGACAUCAAUGUUACACAUCACUACACAGCGACGGGCAUAUACACUGUGACAGUGUAUGCAUGGAAUGACCUGUAUUCUACCAACCUAUCAACAGUAGCGUAUGUUGAGGAGAAGAUCCGAAAUAUGGAGAUUAUAUACCAACGAUUUAUAUCGGUGUAUUCGGGACUUGUGAAUUUAACCGCCUUGGUCGAUGGAGGAGCAGACAUUGGAGUGGAAUGGGAAUGGAACGUCAAUGACACCCAUCAAUCUGUCAGAACCACGGUCAACUACACGGUUUUUGAAUUUAACAUCACAACUUCCGGAGACAUCAAUAUCACCGUCGUUGCAAGGAAUUUCAUAUCCCAAAUAUCAUCAACGUGUAUUAUGACAGUGCUGGUCCCUUUGAACGGAUUUUUCAUACAGCCGUCUAAUUCAUAUUUCCAGACAACCGAACCCGUCACAUUUGCCAUCAAUGUAUCUUCAAACCAGCAUUUCCCAGCAGGUAUCCGUUCUUUAAUACUGUAUUCAAACUAUACAGGUCACACGGUUCUAAAGAACGAAACAAAUCUUAGUGAUGCAGAAAUACGGAAUGGAUACCAUUUUGACUAUCUAUUUGAAAUACAAGGAUAUUACAAGAUCUGGGGUAAUCUGACAUCGGAAAUUGACACAAAAUACCUAGAAGUGGAGGUCGGUAUUUGGGAUAAACUGGAUGCACUGAAUUUUUCAACUUCAGCAACACACAUUGACUUACUUGAUGCAAUGAACGUGGUAUUUGUUUCUGCGCCACCUUCUUUCUUUAAUUACAAAAUCUCACUAGGGAACGAGGACUUCUAUCAAAAUACAAGUGAUUCCUUUGUUGAAAAGUACACUGACAUCAAUGUUACACAUCACUACACAGCGACGGGCAUAUACACUGUGACAGUGUAUGCAUGGAAUGACCUGUAUUCUACCAACCUAUCAACAGUAGCGUAUGUUGAGGAGAAGAUCCGAAAUAUGGAGAUUAUAUACCAACGAUUUAUAUCGGUGUAUUCGGGACUUGUGAAUUUAACCGCCUUGGUCGAUGGAGGAGCAGACAUUGGAGUGGAAUGGGAAUGGAACGUCAAUGACACCCAUCAAUCUGUCAGAACCACGGUCAACUACACGGUUUUUGAAUUUAACAUCACAACUUCCGGAGACAUCAAUAUCACCGUCGUUGCAAGGAAUUUCAUAUCCCAAAUAUCAUCAACGUGUAUUAUGACAGUGCUGGUCCCUUUGAACGGAUUUUUCAUACAGCCGUCUAAUUCAUAUUUCCAGACAACCGAACCCGUCACAUUUGCCGUCAAUGUAUCUUCAAACCAGCAUUUCCCAGCAGGUAUCCGUUCUUUAAUACUGUAUUCAAACUAUACAGGUCACACGGUUCUAAAGAACGAAACAAAUCUUAGUGAUGCAGAAAUACGUAAUGGAUACCAUUUUGACUAUCUAUUUGAAAUACAAGGAUAUUACAAGAUCUGGGGUAAUCUGACAUCGGAAAUUGACACAAAAUACCUAGAAGUGGAGGUCGGUAUUUGGGAUAAACUGGAUGCACUGAAUUUUUCAACUUCAGCAACACACAUUGACUUACUUGAUGCAAUGAACGUGGUAUUUGUUUCUGCGCCACCUUCUUUCUUUAAUUACAAAAUCUCACUAGGGAACGGGGACUUCUAUCUAAAUACAAGUGAUUCCUUUGUUGAAAAGUACACUGACAUCAAUGUUACACAUCACUACACAGCGACUGGCAUAUACACUGUUACAGUGUAUGCAUGGAAUGACCUGUAUUCUACCAACCUAUCAACAGUAGUGUAUGUUGAGGAGAAGAUCCGAAAUAUUGAGGUAACAUAUACAAUACGUAAAGAAUAUGUCACAUGUGUAAUCGUCAUUAUUUUGAAGGCAGUCUUGUUCGAAAAACGUUAGUUUGUGUACAAAAUUUAAUGUUUUGCCAUCAGAAUUGACAUUGCUUUACUGAUGCGAGU